AUUUGUUUGCUGAAACAUUUCCCAAUCGCCAUCAGUCGCUGAGGCUGCCUUUCAUUGCUACAUUGGUACUGGUGCCGUUAUCGUUCGUCGUCGUCGCUGGCCUGGCCAAGUUCGGAAUUCUACAGGCGUCCAGCAGUCGCGGGGCAACGCACGGCGUAGAACUGUUGUCAAGUUGGGAAUUAAUUCACGGGGUCCUCCGCGGACGAAAACUGCACAAUUCUGGUUUCUGUAUUUGUAGUUAUAGCUGGGAAAUGCAAUCAUCUGGCACUUGAGACUAAAGAAAAAAUCUAGAUAAUAUCGCGAAUGCAUUAGUGAUGAAAGGAUUCUAAGUAUUUCCUGUGCGAAGCGAUUCCCGUCCGCGAAUUUGUUCGUUUGCUGAAACAAAGAAGUGAAAAGUGGUCUUGCCCGUCGACGACUUCGGUUACAGUGGGCCCGUGGGCGAAUUGCCAAGCUUUGAGGAGUGAGGAAGAAAGUUGGCAAACAGUCAAUCGAUUUUGCAAAACGACAAAAAAAAAAUUCGUUGAUAAAAUACAACGUCCAUCAGCGGGGGGGAUAUCAAAUACAUAAAUAGUGUAGCACUAGUGAAUGGUGAUUCAAUUAUUCAAGCAGUUUGAACUGUGCUCUAGAGGGUGGUGCAAAUCCAACAGGAAGAAAGAUACAGGAAGCUGUGAAGUCUAGAAACAGCUUUUGCUCGUUUCGACGUGACGACACGGCGAACGAUCUCGAAACAAACAACCUAUCAACAAAAUAAAGGAUACAGAAUGGCUCUAGAUUUUGCAGCAACGUACAAGGUUCUGGUUCUGGGGGAUUCUAAUGUUGGCAAAACGUGCAUAGUGCAUCGAUAUUGCGAUGAGAGAUAUUACGACACGUACAUUUCAACUAUAGGAAUCGACUUCAAGCAAAAACUAAUCAACCUAGACGGAGUGCCAAUCAAGCUGCAAAUUUGGGAUACCGCUGGUCAGGAGCGGUUCCGAACGUUGACCACUGCCUACUACCGGGGAGCGAUGGGAAUACUGCUGAUGUACGACGUCACCAGUUUGGAGUCCUUCAACAACCUGUCCUAUUGGCUACGAAACAUUCAGGAGAACGCUUCGCCGGACGUGGUGAAGGUACUGGCGGGCAACAAGUGCGAGUGCAACCCACCACAGCGGGCCGUCGACAAGGACCGAGGAGACAAGAUCGCUGAAAAUUUCGACAUGCCUUUCUUUGAGGUAUCCUGCAAACAGAACAUCAACAUUGAGGAAGCAUUCCUAACACUGGCCCGUAAAAUCCGCGAACAACGAGAGCAUAGAGGUGAAAACUUUGACGAUGGCGAUCGCCAGAAAGGGCUCCAGGACAUGAUCAAGAAUGGGCCCGGUUCUAACGGACUGGGGCCCUUCACGUUAGGCAGUGGCGGUGAAGGUGGUCGAUGUUCCUGCUAAGAAUGUCAACCCCGUUUGGGCUCGGCGGUCUUCGGAUUGAAGGAUUCUGCGCUGGUUGUGUUAUCCGAUGGUGACGCGGUAUGACACAGCGAUGAAAAGACUCGAAUUUUAUCAAGAUUGAUUAUAGAUUUUGUUGACUAGUAUAGUUGGAAGCCAACUCCCACAACAACUAAAUCGAAUUUUGAAGAUUAUGUUCUACUCGUAUUUCGCCUGGAAGAUGAGUUGAAAAAGUGCACAAAUAAAUGGAUCUGGAACAGGCAUAAUUUUAUAACGAAGAAACGACUAUAGAGGGAUGGUAUACUACACGAUAGUGAAGAGGAAUGAGAUAUUAAGUAAACAAUACUCAUAUCACAUUAAGUAGCUUAAAUACAAUGGUAAAUCCAUAAAGGAGAAUACAAAAUAAUCCAGUUUUAUACGUUUAGUAUGUUCUUAUUUGUAACUAGAUGUAUUUGUUAUGUGUUCAUAAUUCUUAAAGUAGCAUUAUAUACCGGAGCAGGAUCUCAGUCUUCAUUAUAUUGUUUGUGAUCUAUCAUUAUUGCAUUGCUGUUUUCUAGCCUAUUUUUUACAAUGGCGAAAAAUUCAUCAUAACAUACAACAAAAUCUUGAUCACAGUUUUUUUUAUGUAUUACAUAUUUAAUUAAUAAGCAAAUAGUUUGCACAUACUUAGUUGAAUUAAUAUUGUAAUAUUUUUUAUUAACUCCUUCUUGCCUUUUUAUUUAAAAAUUCUCUGCCUCCACCUGAAACAAAGGGAAAAAAACUCGAAAUAUGUAGUUUUUUUUUAUUAGGCUGUAAAAUUUAAAAUAGUACUAAUUGAAAAAUAAUCAGAAGGAUUCGUAUAUUUUCAAUUUGAUAUCCUGGUUUCCAAUAGAUUUAUUUGUCUUUUUCAUGUGGCGUAUAUUUUGUACUAAAGCUCUUUUCCAAAUUUCCGAAACUUAAAUAUGAAUUUAUUCUGUCAUUUUCGAUAUUACUAAUAUCUAACAACUUUGUUAACAAAUUAGGUCAUUCAUGACCGUUGACCGAUAUUUGAACUGUCUUUCGUUUAUGUUUUAAUUCGGGAAUUGAUACGGAGUUUGACAUUCUUUCCUGCGUGCUUAAUUUAUUGAUCUGAAUGCAACGAAAUACACAAAUAGGAAAUGCUAGAGGCGGCAAUUAAGCUUUAUGUGGUAUCCACUAACGGUGGAAAAAAAGCUAAUCAACUGUUUCAAACGCUACCAUCUGUGUAAUAAAUUAACCUUCAACUACCUACGGUUCAAGUUAUACUUUCAGUUUCUCAUCCAAUCUAGCGUAAAUUAUGUCAAUGUGAUACACAAAGUUAGGAGGACAAGUUUUAAUGUUAGUCUCAUACAUUGCGAACCAUUUGGAAUCGUUCAAUAGCGCAAGAAAAUCGACGGGGGAGAAAUCCCGAAAUCCGGUUGUUUUCUAUUGUGUUAUAUUGUAACGGUUUUCAUUUGCACCCUAGAAAAUAACAGAAUGUGCAUAGAUUAUUAAAAUUUCAAACUAUUGAAACCAAAAUUCAAAGCAAAAGAAAUAUUGAGAAACCAGGGCAAUGUUUGAGGAAACACUAUGUGAAAAUUUGUCAAUAUAUACUGAAAAGUGGAAAUAAGAAUAACGAUAACAGGAGCUGCAAUCUAAUUGGAAGUUUCAUUUCGGAUAGCUGAAAAUAAAUUUGACAUAAUAUGCCACAAACAUUUAAA